AGAUAUAAUGCUAUUGAAAUGCAGUCACAGACUGCUGAUAUGCUACAAGAGAUAUCAUGGCACAGGAGAUGGCCAGAAACUGCAACCAUGGGACAGGAGAUGGUCAUAGUCUGUCAAUAAAGUACAGGAAAUGGUCAAAAACUGCAGGUGUGCUACAAGAUUUCAUCAGAGACAGUGGAAAUAGUACAGGUCAUGGCCAGAUACUGUGGACACGGUACAGGAGAUGGCCAGAGAUUAUGGACAUGGUACAGGAGAUGACCAGAGACUAUGGACACGGUACAGGAGAUGACCAGAGACUGCGGACACAGUACAGGAGAUGACCAGAGACUGCGGACACAGUACAGGAGAUGACCAGAG